GUCGCUCCUCUGUUCUUGCCUUACUAGUUCUUGGCACGGCUUCAAGCUUGUCUGGCAGUCUCGCGUGCGCUACCAUAACCAAACUGACCCGGGCAGGCCGAAGUACCCCACUUCGUUACAGCGGGUAAUACAACACUUCCACUGCAAGCCUUGUAUCGCGCAGCUUUGGAGUUUUAGUCGGCCAAGAACACAAGGAUUUGUUCCCCAUAGGAGAUAAUGGAGUGAAACGGUCUUGCAGCAAGCCGACGUCUGAACACUGCAAGCUGAAGAAACUACGUACAGUCUUCAGAGAGAAUCUGUGUGAGAGGAAAAAACUCGCUGCUACUAGAGUGCGUUUUGCCUGAAGACUACAGAGUAGGACGUUUGGGAUUCGAACUCGUAACCGCUUGCGCGCUGACAAUCACUAGAAGAAGAAGAGGAAAAUGUGUACAACUAGAACUUCGCUGCUGCCUGGAGGUGGGGUGGCUACUUUGAGUCUACCCGUCCUCCUGACCACGGGACUUGUGGGCCUGUUGGUGGUCCUGAAGGGGGCGAGGGGCUUCCCGACUGCAGCCAGCGCCGGCGCUCUGCGCGGGGUCGCCAUCUCCGCGGACGAACAGGACUGGUUGACUCAAUACGGUUACAUCGUGAAUGACGGGACGCAGGCUGACGGUCCCACGGGCGGCGGCGCGGCGCUGCAGAGCUCCGAGAAGAUCCGUCAGGCCAUCCGCCUCAUGCAGCGGUUCGCCGGCAUCAACGAGACGGGCGUCAUCGACGAGGCCACCAAGGAGAAGAUGCGGCAGCCGCGGUGUGGCUUACCGGACAUCAGCGGGCAGGACAGGAGGCUGAGGAAGAAGAGAUACAACAUCCAGGGGAACUGGGACAAGACGGACCUAACCUACAAGUUUGUAAGUUACGGAGACCCAACCGUCCUCAGCCUGAGUGAAAGCGAGAUCCGCUACGCCGUAGAGCGUGCUUUUGCGGUUUGGAGCGAAGUCGCCCCUCUGACGUUUACCGAAGUUUGGUACGGCGAUGCCGACAUCAACAUAGACUUCAGACGGUUCUAUCACGGAGACAAUUUCCCGUUCGAUGGCGCGGGCGGAGUGUUGGCGCAUGCGUUCUUCCCUGGCGAAGGCAUCGGUGGCGAUACCCACUUUGACGAGGACGAGCCGUGGUCUGUGGGCACUGGCACCGGUGUGGAUAUUUUCGUCACUGCUUCGCACGAGUUCGGGCACGCGCUCGGGCUACACCACUCCUCGUCCCCAGGGUCCCUGAUGUCCCCCUACUACAACUACUACGACAUGAACACGUUCACUCUGCCUGACGACGACAGACAAGGCAUACAGACACUGUACGGCAGACGACACUACCGUAACCGUGACCCUGACGAUGCCCCGCGGACCAGCAUCCCGGAGAACCCGACUCCUCCCAUCGUCAUCACCGAGAACCCCAACAUCAUCCCCGGGGCCAACCCGCCCAUCUCCCCGCAGCAGUGCCAGCCCGUCUUCGAUGCCAUCGCCGACCUCCGCGGGGAACUCUUCUUCUUCCACAACGAGUACUUCUGGAGGAAGCGGGCGGGCGGCGGCGACAUGAGCGGCCCCUGGCGGAUCCACUCGUUCUGGGAGGGCAUUCCUGACGACGUCCGGAAGAUAGACGCGGUGUAUGAGAGACUCACAGACGGCAGAAUAUUCUUCUUCGCAGGCCCCAGAUACUGGAUCUUCGAGGACAGAUACGCCCAGGACAGAACGUACUACCUCCGGGACAUCGGUCUCCCUGACGACGGCAUCGACGCCGCCCUACAAUGGCGACGGAACGGGAAAAUCUACUUCUUCAAAGACGACAUCUACUGGAGAUUCAAGGACGACGUGAUGGAUUAUGGGUACCCGAAAGACAUCAGUAAAUGGACGGGAGUGCCCGCCUACAUCGAUGCAGUGUUCCAGGCUAGAUCCCUCGACGGCACGUAUUUCGUCAAGGACGAUCUCUACUGGAAAUUCAACGACGGAGUUAUCGAGGUGGAGUACGGGUACCCGCGGGACUUCGCGCUGGACUUCCUCGGCUGCACGCCCCGCUUCGUCCCGAGCAGAAACGACGUCAACGUCAUCUCGCCCAUCCUCGGGAACCAAGUCAGCAACUCUACCGCGUCCUGGACGGCCUCAGCGCCGCACACUCUCACCCUCACCACGCUAGCCUCUAUAAGUGUACUGUUCUAUUGGAGAACGUGAGAGACGUACUGUGUACGUGUACAUGUCAUACUUAGUCCAAGUUGUAGAUAUACUCUCUCGGAAUCAGACUGCAGGAUGUACCGUACAAGUGCGCCACCUAGCGAAAUUUUCAAAAUACGUACGUACGUGUGUUUCCUUCAGUGUUUAUAUAUGUUUAUGCAGAUGUCUACAUGUGCGCCAAAAAUACAUUCCAACAGGAACAAGGUAUAACUAACUGCAAAUGAAAAAAGAUAUGAAACCAAGAAAGAAAACUACCACUACAGUUUCGUGCACUGGCUACCGUAAUUUGGUUAGCCAACUCAAUGAAGAUUACGACACCAAAUUUAUAGUAAUUGACGAUGGUGAGAAAUAGCCUUGUGUACUAUAGUUUGUGUACUAGUAUUAUCGUAAAUUUUGUUUUGUUUUUGGUCUAAACCCUUAGGAGAAUAAUGUUACUUUGAAUUUAUUAAAAAAAAGAGAUAAUGUUGAGGACAUGUAUUGGUUUUUGAGACUUGCAGUAGACCUGCGAUUAUUAUUGUAUUUUUUCAUAUCAUUGUUACUUCAAUAUUGUGGAUGUACAGUAUCCAAAUGUUCUUUCCAAUUCGUCACUAAACCAACGCUAGUAAUAUAAGCUUUCGUGAGUGGUUAAGAGUAGAAUAAGUUGUUAUUCGCUAUAUUGAUUGUGUUAAACAAUCGUCCGUUUACUCAAUAAAUUGUAUUCUUUGACCACGU